AUGAACCUACCGAGCAAGCGAUGGACCUCUUUGGAAGGGUGGGACUACAAUGGCAUGAAAGAGCGCUUGCAAGCUGCACUGGACACCAUCGACAAGUUUGCGCUUCUGUGCCAUGCUGCGCGUAUCAAGGGGCAAAAAGUCGUCAUGAGCGAGCCAUUCUCGGCCGGCCAGUAUUGGAUAUGUUUCGAGAUGGUUGCCGAGGAUGGCAGCUUGGUCGUUUCCCGCGUUCGGUUGCCUCGCCAUCCCGACCUCCCGGCUAUUGUCAAGGAAGAGGACGUAGAAUAUGGCAUCGCGUGUGAGAUCGCCACCAUGGAGUUCGUGAGGCAAAGAUUGCCUACGAUUCCUAUCCCUUGCAUGUACGCAUACGAGUGCCCCGGGUCUCAGUCCGCUGCUGAUGUCGGGGCUGUUUACGUGCUCCUGGAAGGUUUUUAUGGGAAUAGCUUGCAAGACGUUGAGUUCGAUAUUUGUAAUUUGCCAGUUACAAUACAAGAACACAUCAUGACGCAGUGGACAAAAGUUCAAGUAGAACUGGCCACUCUUACGCUCCCUCAAAUAGGCUCCAUUUCUGCAAUUUUCCCGUCGGGAGAACCAGUUCUAGGCCGUUUGGCCGCUUCUGCCGAUGUAGACCGCAGCGAUGCAGGUCCAUUCUCAAAAGCCGUUACGUACUUCACUGCCGUUGAAAACGCUGCAGCCGGCAAGCUGGAUUCAUCCGCCAGGUUGGGUGCUUUGGUCUUUCGAGAAAUUCUACAGAAGACUCCUCUAUUUGGAGACAUGGACACUGUUGAGCAAUUCCAUCUGAACCAUAUGGAUCUCGGUACUCAGAACAUCCUUGUCGACGAUUCAUUCAACUUUGUUGCCAUUAUCGACUGGGAGUCUGCACAAACUGCCCCAUGGCAAGUCAACCAUUAUCCUUUGCCCUUUCCAUUACUGGGGUCAGACAUCGAAGAUAUUCUCAGAGAUCCUAGUCAUCUCGCCUACAGAAAUGUGUUAAAACAAGACGUUUCUCGACAAAUGUACCGUCAGAAAUUUCAGGAGGCUAAGAGGAAAGUUGAGAAAGAGGGCCGGCCUCUACAAGGGUCCUUUGCAGACACUUUGAACAGUCCAGCAGCGAGGAUAUAUGCCUGCUUCAAUAAUCUGGGUCGUUCACCGGAGGCCGAUAAGGGCCUACUCCAUGAGAUGGUGUGCCGUGCCUUCGGCUGGGAUGCAGACCGAGUGGAACAGUGUCUCUUGGAGAUAGAACAGAGUGGCUAA